AUGUGCAUCCUGAAGUUGUCAGUAGCUCUCAUCUUGUUGUCUGUUGCAUUAAACCAUCUGAAAGCUACACCCAUUGAAAGUAACCAGGUGGAAAAACGGAAAUGCACAAACACUGCCACUUGUGCGACGCAACGCCUGGCAAAUUUUCUAGUUCGAUCCAGCAACCAUCUUGGUGCCAUGCUCUCACCAACAUAUGGCAAGAGGAGUAUAGCUGAGGUUUUAAACAGAGUACCAAUGAAUUACUUACCUCUAUAG